AUGUAUGAGUGUGCUGUGCAGCUCCCGCAGCAGGCCUUGCAUUUAGCCGCUAAGUCGCAGCUGGAUCUGCUGAACUCCGUUGUUCCACCGAAUGUUGCACUAAUCCCUCCCAACACUUCUGCAUCGUCAAACGCCGCUGCUGCUGUGCCAGUUGCUGCUGCUGCUGCAUCAAAGGCCGUCCCAGCGGCUACGGCAAUGUCCAAAAUGUCGUUCGUAAUGCCAAAGCAUGGAGUCACCCAACCUUUUACUGGCGUUGCUGCAAAGCCGGUUUUGCCAUUCACAGUCGGUACAACUGCUAAACAAGUGCAAAAACAGCCGCAGCAAGUACAGCUGACUUCAGCUAUGGCAACUCCUGUCAGAGCUCCUCACGCACUUAAUACACCUACAGCAGCUACAACAGCAGCAACCCCGGCUUGGACUCUAGGCGUCUUAUCGCAAGCUGCUGAAACGAAAACUUCGUCGAAGGCUGAAAUAGGCGCCACGCGGUUUCAUUCGGUGGUAACUACUGCCAACAAGUUCUCUGGUAAAGCGACGAAAGAGGAUGAACGUUUAGAAAGUGGUCGUGAAAUCAAAGGCUUCGGUGAUGAAUUCAAACCCCCCGCUGGCAGGUAA